GUUCGCCAUUUUUGUGAGUUCAAAACAUUGAAUCAUACGGCAGAGAGUGCACAUUCGAUCGAAAUGAAAUAAAUUGUGUAUUUAUAUUUUGUUUUAUUCAGAUUAAAGUUCGUACUGGUGAAAAAGUAUAAUCAACAUUUGCUACAACUUUAUUGGAACAAACAAUUUUUGUCAACGAGACUGUGAACUGCAGAGCAUCGAGUGAAAUUGAAAUUUGUUCAAUGAUUGCCUAGGUCUUGAAACAUUCCGAAACAUCAUGAAUCAGCUGGAACGUCAGAUGAUCCUCCGCCAAAUGGAGCAACUUGUGCUCAACACAAAUUACCAAAUCCUGCUGAAUGAAUGCUACCACCGCCGAAUGCUGUCAGAGGUGAUGAUUUCGAUAAUUGAGGAUCGUAAUCCGGAUGAGGCAACGAAGCAUAAAAAGUUGUUUGAGAAAAUAACCAGACGAGGUCCGACCGCAUUCCAGACUUUGCUGGAUAUUUGUCAACAGAACUUCCCAGUCGCGCAUGCUCUACUGAAAAAUGGGAGCUUAUCAACCAAUAAUAUCUCCAGUAAUAGCAGCAACAAUCAAGAAAAAUAUCGCUCAACGUUUAACCCUAAUCGAUCGCGUUCAAUUAGUGCGAAUUUGGGAGAAACCCUGGCACUCUCGCAAAAACUGCGUAAUUUCUCGAUAGGAUCUCGUUCGACAUCCCAGGAAGACGAUGGUAAGAACAACAAUCGUUUGUUCGAAACUACCGACAAAGGCUUCAAACGUCAGUUGGAGGUUUACCGGGAAAAGGUUCAGGAGUUGAACAAGGUGGAACUGACGACCAGACCACAGAGGCAUCGUCUCCUGGAAGCAUAUCCCAUGCGAAGCAGAAACCGUGGUGUAGUAUUUAUCGUUAACGUUAUAACGUACAUCAAUGAUACCCACCCGAAGCGGAAUGGAGCAGAAAUGGAUAAAGACAAUUUGGUGUCACUGUUUCGACAACUCGGUUUUACCAUCUUCUACUACGAGGAUCUUACCCGGGAGGACUUUGGUUACUUAAUCGAACAGUUGAAGACGUCGGAACACCUCUCAACGGAGUGUUUUGCUUUCUAUGUGUUGGCUCACGGAAAUCACACCAAAGGGCGGGACAAAAUAUAUCUUCACGACAAUUCAGUUCUCUUUGUGGAAGAAAUAUUGGCUCAUUUCAAUAAUGUGAACUGCCGCAGAUUGGUCAGGAAACCAAAGUUGUUUUUCUUCUCCAUUUGCAGGGGAGAUCAGCCAGAUUAUGGUACCCUUCGACCAGCCGAGCAUACCGAACGAGACGGUAUGAUUAACCCGAAAAAGGAUACGCCCACAAAUAUGCCGACAUACGCCGAUAUGUUCAUAUGUUUUUCUACCGUGCCAGGAUUUGCCGCCCAUCGCGACAUGCUCAAUGGGUCGUGGUUUGUGGAAAGCAUGUGCGAAGUGUGGUCUAAACAUGCCCACGACACCGACGUAGAGCAGCUGAUGAAAAUGGUUGGAAAGAACGCCAGCAUGUACAGGACUGAGCAGAACAAUGCCUUGCAGACGUUGGCCAGUGAGCAGCGUGGCUUCUUCGACGUUCUCUACCUGAACCCGGGAUAUAACGCAGACUAAACCACAGGCACCGGUAACCUUUAACUUCCCAGAAGACUUUGCAACCAAUCAAACACAGCUAGCAGUGAUAGCUUUUGUAUCGUUAGUUUAGUUGUUCGUUACUCUAUUUACGAAUAUAUAUUUUACCGCAUACCAUUGCAAUGACGAAAUAUGGUAAUAAAAUCUGAAAAAGGAAAA